GUCAUUCUUCUCGGACUUUCUGCGGACGCUCGGCGACGUUGACAACUACGUUACAGUGCGGUUCGCCGGGAACAUCGUGUGAUAUUAAAGUUUCACACCGAUUAAAGUUAGAACAGUCUGGGGGAAAUGAUCGCAUAUUGUGAGGAUGUGUCGGCGGUUGUGUGCGAUAAGUGAAGAUUUGGAUAAAUAACUUAAAAACAGUUUGAUAAACUCCAUCCCCGCGCUUCAUGUUCGACAGGACAGGAGGAGGAGCGUUUAAAAUUAGUCAAACCGUUCAAUAUUUGGAGGUUAUCGACAUAUGGAAACAGGUAACGUUAUUUGGUCGACAGUGGGGUUUUAGUCGAGUGUUGUGAUGGGUAAAGAUUAUUACAGGAUCCUGGGGAUAGAGAAGGGCGCCUCUGAUGAGGAGAUCAAGAAAGCCUACAGAAAACAAGCGUUAAGAUUUCAUCCCGACAAAAACAAAUCAGCCGGAGCAGAAGAUAAAUUCAAGGAAAUUGCCGAAGCUUACGACGUCCUGAGCGAUGCCAAGAAGAAAGACAUCUAUGACAGAUUUGGAGAGGAUGGGCUUAAGGGGCACGCCGGAGGUGGCAGCAAUGGCCCUAGCUAUACAUUUCACGGCGAUCCUCACGCCAUGUUUGCAGAGUUCUUUGGUGGCCGUAGCCCGUUCGAUCAGUUUUUUGCUUCUGCUGGGGGCGCAGAUGAUGACAUGGACAUUGACGAUCCCUUUGCGGCCUUCGGAAUGGGAGGAAUGGGAGGAAUGGGAGGAAUGGGCGGAAUGGGCGGAUUUCCCAGAUCUUUCAAGUCUCGGGUAGGCGGUGUGCACAGGGGGCGAGAAAAGAAAAAAGAUCCCCCGGUAGUGCACGAACUCAAGGUGAGUCUGGAAGAAGUGUUCUCUGGUUGCACGAAAAAGAUGAAGAUCUCUCGUAAGAGGCUGAACCCGGAUGGCUGCACCGUCCGCACCGAAGACAAGAUCCUUACCGUGGACAUCAAGCGUGGCUGGAAGGAGGGGACCAAGAUUACCUUUCCCAAAGAGGGAGAUGAGAUGCCAACCAACAUCCCUGCUGACAUAGUGUUUGUGGUUAAGGACAAGGUUCAUCCGGUUUUUCGGAGAGACGGCUCUGACAUCAUCUAUCCUGCAAGGAUAUCCCUCCGAGAGGCUCUCUGUGGCUGCACCAUCAGCGCUCCCACCUUGGACGGUAGAACUGUCACAGUGACAUCACGUGAUGUCAUCAAACCUGGUAUGAAGAAGAGGAUAGUGGGAGAAGGACUGCCACUCUCCAAAUGUCCUGAAAAGAGAGGAGACAUGGUGCUGGAAUUCUUAGUGAAAUUUCCGGACAAGUUAGGACCAAGUGCUCGUGAAGCUCUGGUUCAGAUCCUACCACCCUGAUCGUUGCAACCACUGGAGGACAGACUGUCAACACACAGAUUCUAUGAUUGGGCCCUUCUGAUUUUCUAGAUAUUACUGCACCUGAAAGUAUCAGUGGUAAAUGUACAAACAAGUCAAGCUCAGAGAAACACAAUAGAGCUCUGAUAGAUUAUUUAUUUCCCCGUACUUAUAUCGCAAUGCACUUUUACAAAACACUGUGAAACCUUUCAGUUGUAUAUUGACUUUCACACAGUUUUGCAGUACCUCAGACUAAAUGCUCCAUCAUCCUCCUGUUUGCUUCUCCAGGUCUCCAUCUGUUUAUAUUUUAAUUAAAAUUGUAUUCCAAUUUUAGUCUCUGAGCAGUCACCAUUGUAUUUGACAGAAACAUCACUUCUGAACAGUAGGGUUUUAUACAUUUCUGAAGAUCUCAAAUAGUAAUUGUAGAAGUGUGUGUGUGUAUGUGUGAAUGUGUGAAAUGCCAAUGAAGGGCCUGCUGAGCUGAGCUUCUUUACAUAGAGUGAGACCAGAAAAUUCACAAGGGCUCAUGAGCAUUGUCACAGUACUUCCAGGGCAUGUUAAAGUGUGGUCACAUUUGCCAUUGCUCGAUAAAUUUUCACUGGGGAAAUAGUCAUUCCAAUCCACUUCAAUUUGCAAUGUGAAAGUAAGAUAUUUUCUGUGAAUGUGCAAGAAUUCAUUAGCUGCUAUUAACCUUCCUGUAAAUUUUGUGGGUCUGGCUUCCGGUCUUAUUUGCAUUGAGCUAUUUUUAGCGGUACAAAACAGCUCGUUUCGCAGCUUGAUAUUACAAAUUAGUGUGUCUUACCAUAUUAUUGUAAUGUAUUAUCUUAAUUAUGAACACUCUGGUUUGUAGUGCAAACAGUUUUACAGUUUACUGCAGGUUGUUAUUCUUCUCGUUAUUACCCCAUCUUCAGAACUUCGACUUUGAGCUUUCGUUUUUGUGCUAGCUCUACAGCAUCAUUGUUGAAGAGUAAUUAGCUGGGAACCCAUUGUAGAGUUAACAAAAGUUGUCAUGUGCAUUGUAAUGUUCGAAGUGGAAGUCAUAAUCAACAACAGUAGACUGGGAAGAUUUUAAAACGACUGGUGAAUGCAUCAAUUUGUAGAAUAUUACCGUCAGGCUGUGUGGAAAUAAAAACGGAAGACAGAAGACAACGACCGCAGUGCUGAAAAAGGCGAAGCUACUUAACGUCUGUAAGUGCGAUAAACAAUAAAAUGCGCUGCAAACCAGUUUGUUUAUAAUUAUCACAACCUAUUAAAAUAAUAUGAUAAAAAAUGCCUGUUUGUGAUAUCUAACCGUAUAACAAGAAGUUUGUACCUCUAAAAAUGACACCGGAAUCCUCGCAUCGCAUCUUUUUCGCGCCGAAUGCCCAAACGUGGACCGGAAUUCUACCAUCAAAAAUUCUCUGAACAGUGGUAAAUGUGACCGCGCAUUUACACUGCAGACACCACUCGCUUUCUCCUGCUAGGAGUGACCCAUAAUGGGUUUCUGUGAUUUCCAUGGCACUGCUGUGUCUUUGAGCACAUAACUGCUCUAUUUCAAACCACCCCUCUAGAUAUUUGUUUGUUGUGGCCAUUGGCCUAGUACAUUUCAGGUUUAAGAAUUCCUGAAUGCAGCUUUAAUAAACUAUUAAUGGGUGAUGUUUUGGAAAGCAUAAAUGUUGUGUAAAUGGUGCAAAAUUACACACUUUCCAACUUUGAACACUUAUAUUUUGCUAACCAGCAAUCAUUUGUGGGAAUGUACACUAUAAAACAUUAAACACAACUGAAACCUUCUUUUGCUUGCUAUAAAUGUAGCUUGAAAAUAAUUCAUAAUAUUCUUUCAUGCCCCUGGAAACACACUGUUAUUUUAGAGUUGUGUAUUUGAGCUGUUAUUGUAAUGCACAUAUUGAGAUGAUGUGCAAUGAUGAAAUGAUGGCGAUUUUAUAGACUGGAUUUUGCAAUUCAGAACUGCCAUUACCAGAAGUAUUUUUUUUAAGGAAUGGCUCUAUUUGUGCCAAACGUAUGCAGAUUGCGAUGGCACAUAUGCACACAGUUCAAAGUACCUCACACAUAACUGCUGCAUCAUCAGCAUGCUAUUUGAAACUGACAAAGUUAUGGGAUGUGUGCUUUUCUGUAAAAAGAUUGGCUUUUUUUUAGUGAAAUGCUUCACAGUCCUUUAUCAUAUGCGUCAUUGUUUUUAUUUCUUGCAAUUAAAGGCUUUACAAGUGC